AAACUUGUUUGUUGUUGUUAUUUUCCAAAGGAUGAAGAAGAAGAAAUCAAACUGGAGAUAAAUAUGUUGAAGAAAUACUCCCAUCAUAGAAAUAUUGCAACGUACUAUGGCGCUUUCAUUAAAAAAAGUCCCCCAGGACAUGAUGAUCAACUGUGGCUUGUUAUGGAGUUUUGUGGUGCGGGCUCUAUUACAGAUCUUGUGAAAAAUACAAAAGGAAGUGCUCUGAAGGAAGACUGGAUAGCAUACAUCUCCAGAGAAAUUCUGAGGGGAUUGGCACAUCUUCAUGCUCAUCAUGUGAUUCAUCGUGAUAUCAAAGGACAGAAUGUAUUGUUAACAGAGAACGCAGAGGUGAAGCUGGUGGAUUUUGGUGUGAGCGCUCAGCUAGACAGGACAGUGGGUAGACGAAAUACCUUUAUUGGAACACCUUAUUGGAUGGCUCCAGAAGUUAUUGCCUGUGACGAAAAUCCAGAUGCUACAUACGAUUACAGAAGUGACCUUUGGUCAUGUGGCAUUACAGCCAUAGAGAUGGCAGAAGGAGCUCCCCCUCUCUGUGACAUGCACCCAAUGAGAGCCCUGUUUCUUAUCCCAAGAAACCCUCCUCCACGGCUAAAAUCCAAGAAAUGGUCAAAAAAGUUCUUUAGUUUUAUAGAGGGCUGUUUAGUGAAAAAUUAUAUGCAACGACCUUCUACAGAGCAGCUUUUAAAACAUCCAUUUAUACGUGAUCAGCCAAAUGAAAGGCAAGUCCGAAUCCAGCUUAAAGAUCAUAUAGACAGAACCAGGAAGAAGAGAGGAGAGAAAGAUGAAACAGAAUAUGAAUAUAGUGGAAGUGAAGAAGAGGAGGAGGAAGUGCCUGAACAAGAAGGAGAGCCAAGCUCUAUUGUUAAUGUGCCUGGAGAAUCUACUCUGAGACGUGAUUUCCUGAGGUUGCAGCAGGAAAACAAGGAGCGUUCUGAGGCUCUUCGUAGACAACAGCUGCUACAGGAACAGCAGCUCCGAGAGCAAGAAGAGUACAAGAGGCAGCUGCUGGCAGAGAGACAGAAACGCAUUGAGCAGCAGAAAGAGCAGAGGAGGCGAUUAGAAGAGCAACAAAGAAGAGAACGAGAAGCUCGAAGGCAGCAAGAACGGGAGCAGCGGAGAAGAGAACAGGAGGAGAAGAAGCGCUUGGAGGAAAUGGAAAAAAGACGCAAGGAAGAAGAAGAAAGGAGGAGAGCUGAGGAAGAAAAGAGGAGAGUAGAGAGAGAACAGGAGUAUAUCAGGCGACAGCUAGAAGAGGAGCAGCGGCACUUGGAAAUUCUUCAGCAGCAGCUGCUCCAGGAGCAGGCCAUGUUACUGGAAUACAGAUGGCGAGAGAUGGAAGAACAUCGGCAAGCAGAGCGUCUCCAGCGUCAGUUGCAACAGGAGCAGGCAUAUCUUUUGUCUCUUCAGCAUGACCACAGGAGACAGCAACAGCAGCAGCAGCAGCAGCAACAGCAAGAAAGGAAUAAACCAAAUUAUCAUACCCCUGAGCCUAAAUCUCAUUAUGAAGCUACUGAAAGACCCCGGGAGGUUGAUGAGCGAUAUAGAAAGAAUAAUCAGGGCUCCCCUGAAGCACAGUCUAAACAGACAAGCAAAGCAUUGGAGCCACCAGUGCCUUCACGAUCAGAGUCCUUUUCCAAUGGAAAUUCUGAGCCUGUUCAGCCUUCACUACAAAAGCCAAUGGAACCACAGGUACCUGUGAGAACAACAUCAAGAUCGCCUGUGUUAUCUCGCCGAGAUUCUCCACUGCAGGGCAGUGGACAGCAAAAUAAUCAAGCAGGUCAAAGAAACUCUACAAGCAAUACAGAGCCUCGCUUGCUCUGGGAAAGAGUAGAGAAGCUGGUGCCGAGACCAGGAAGUGGCAGCUCCUCUGGUUCUAGCAAUUCCGGUUCACAACCUGGGUCACAUCCUGGAUCUCAGAGUGGAUCUGGAGAGAGAUUCCGAAUGAGAUCAUCAUCAAAAUCUGAAGGGUCUCCAUCACAACGAAAUGAAACUGCAGCUAAGAAGUCUGAAGAGAAGAAGGAAGCCUUCAGACCUAGCAAACCUGUGGGUGAAGUGGAUUUAACUGCUUUGGCAAAGGAAUUGCGGGCUGUAGAAGAUGUGCGACCUCCCCAUAAAGUGACAGAUUAUUCAUCAUCGAGUGAAGAAUCAGGGACAACAGAUGAAGAUGAUGAUGAUAUAGAGCAAGAAGGAGUUGACGAAUCUACUUCUGGACCAGAAGAUGCCAGAGCAGUAUCCACGCUAAACCUCAGCAAUGGAGAAACGGAAUCAGUGAAGACCAUGAUUGUGCACGAUGACGUGGAGAGCGAACCUGCCAUGACUCCUUCCAAGGAGGGCACUUUAAUCGUUCGGCAGACUCAGUCCGCUAGUAACACACUGCAGAAACACAAAUCUUCCUCCUCCUUUACACCUUUUAUAGACCCCAGAUUACUACAGAUUUCUCCAUCUAGUGGAACAACUGUGACUUCUGUUGUAGGAUUCUCUAGUGAAGCAAUGAGAUCAGAGGCAAUAAGGCAAGAUCCAACCAGGAAAGGAUCUGUUGUUAAUGUGAACCCUACCAAUACACGACCACAGAGUGACACCCCAGAGAUUCGUAAAUAUAAAAAGAGAUUCAAUUCCGAGAUCUUGUGUGCUGCCUUAUGGGGGGUGAAUUUGUUAGUCGGAACAGAGAGUGGUCUAAUGCUGCUGGACAGAAGUGGCCAAGGGAAGGUUUAUCCAUUAAUAAAUCGAAGGCGGUUCCAGCAAAUGGAUGUACUUGAAGGUCUGAAUGUCUUGGUGACAAUAUCGGGCAAGAAAAACAAAUUGAGAGUUUAUUACUUGUCCUGGUUGAGAAACAAAAUCCUUCACAAUGACCCUGAAGUAGAAAAGAAACAAGGUUGGACAACUGUGGGUGAUUUGGAAGGCUGUGUGCACUAUAAAGUUGUAAAAUAUGAAAGAAUCAAAUUCUUGGUGAUUGCUUUGAAGUGUUCUGUGGAAGUCUAUGCCUGGGCACCAAAGCCAUACCACAAAUUCAUGGCAUUUAAGUCAUUUGGAGACUUGGGACAUAAGCCAUUAUUAGUGGAUCUUACUGUAGAAGAAGGCCAGAGGCUAAAGGUGAUCUAUGGUUCCUGUGCUGGAUUCCAUGCAGUGGAUGUAGACUCGGGAUCAGUGUAUGAUAUUUACCUCCCAACACAUAUCCAGAGUAGUAUCCAACCCCAUGCAAUCAUUAUCCUGCCAAACACUGAUGGAAUGGAGCUUCUAGUUUGCUAUGAGGAUGAAGGAGUAUAUGUUAAUACAUAUGGAAGGAUCACCAAAGAUGUGGUUCUGCAGUGGGGAGAGAUGCCUACAUCAGUGGCAUAUAUUCGAUCAAAUCAGAUCAUGGGCUGGGGAGAAAAAGCUAUUGAGAUACGGUCGGUGGAAACAGGACAUCUCGAUGGUGUAUUUAUGCACAAAAGGGCGCAAAGACUCAAGUUUCUGUGUGAACGUAAUGACAAGGUUUUCUUUGCCUCUGUUCGGUCUGGGGGAAGCAGUCAAGUUUAUUUCAUGACCUUAGGGAGGACUUCUCUUCUGAGCUGGUAGAAGCUAAUGUGUUUAGCAAGGGAUUGCUGACAUCCGGAGUCGCCAUAACUUGGAAUCAUUUGCAACUGGAGUACAGACCUGCCGUGAUGCAGUGCCACACGCAGAUGCAUUUUCAAGCAUCACUGGUGUUGGGUUCUUUUGUUUUAAAACUGAGGCCGUAAUAUGCGGCUGGUGCUGUAAAGAUAUUGCCAUCAGGUGCUAUCAGAUUUGGGAUCCCACUAGAGAAAGAAUCAGGUCUCCUUCCCCCUCCCCCCGUCCUUCCCCAGCUCCAUAAUUCCUAAGGAAAAAAGGAAGAAACUGAUAAAAACAUGUUUUUUGAAAGGAGGGGCAGGAAUGAAAAGGCGGAUGGAAGUGAUGUAGGCAGAAUCCAGUGUUGCUGACGCAGAGGGCAGAUUUAAUAUAGUAAUAUUAACAAUGUAUUUAAUUGACAUUUCUCUCUCUUUCUUUUGUAAUGUGACAAUAUGUGGACAAAGGAAGGUGCAGGUUUUAAACUAUUUAUAAAAUGUGAAAAGGCACAGUGGUUUUAGGGAAGGUAGGGUGCGGGUUUUUUUUCUCUCUUUUUAUGUUGGCCAGGCCAAGAGUUUAGUCAUUUUUUUUCUGUGUACCAAGUUUUGCCUAAAAACCACAUAAGGAUGGAUUUUUUUUAAAAAAAAUAGAUAAAUAAAUAAAUAGAAUUGUUCACUUUUCUAUACUGACUUUCCAUUUGGCCAGAACUUGGUGGUGUGAGUGCUAAUGCUGCCUCAGUUAAAGGUUUAAUUUUUGUUUAAACCUAGAAUAAAACAUGUGACAGCUUUUACUACCAGUCUGCUAAUGCAUCAUUUUGGGAAGAAGGUCCAGAUGUGGGUUUUUAUUUUUAUUUUUUGUGCCUACCUCAUCGUUUCUAAUGCAUACAAUUAAAGAGGUGGUUUAAGGUUAUACUUUAUUUUUUUUUGGUUUUCGUUUUUUUAAACAGGUAAACAAAGUACUAAUGUGCGGUUAAUCAUUGUACCAAAACUAAUAUAUGAAAGAUGUGACUGUUAAUUUUCUCUCAGGUUUCAGCAGGAGAGAUCAACAGUCAUUUGAGAGGGUUGAAAUAGACACUUCGGUAGUCCACUUUUUCGCUUUUUUAAUCAGUUUUAUCACGGAUAGAGCUGUGAGGAAUUUAGCCUAACAUUUCAGAAGGUUUAACUUUUAACACAUGGGCUUUUAGUAACACCAAGUAACAAUAACUAGGCUAAUUCUAUAACUGGUGAAAUGUUGUAGGAAACUUUUCUGAGGCGGCGAUGUUUUCCUUUUUUAUAUAAGAAUGCAAUGCACUAAAACUAUUUUAAGAAUGUAGUGAAUACCGCUUACUCCUUUACAAAGACAACAGCAUAGACUUAUGUUUCAAUGUAAACUCUGAACUCCUGGCGCUAUUUUUUUCUCUCUCUUUUUAUCCGCCCUGCCUUUUUAAAGGAAAAAAGUUUUGUUUUAUGAGUAACCUUUUGGCCUUUGUAAUAAAUGUCUCAAGACUAAUAAUUUGUUUAAAAGACUACAUGUGCUCAUUACUGGAGAAACCUUGAGUGUGUAAUUUAUCUGUUGGUGAUGUAAUAAUGCACAUUGUCACGAUUCCAAUCAUUCUGGUUUUUUUUAAAAAAUAAUCCCUUUGGGCAGGGUACUUUAGUUGACAACUGCCUUAAGCUCACUGUUCAGUCAGUGAACUGGAUUCCAGUGUUUCCUGGGCUUUGUCUUCUGCUGUGGUUCCCUUUUUCAUGGUAUGGCAGGGAUUUCAGUAUGAUUCCCCAGUCAAAUUACUUCAGUAGUUCCAAGGAGAGUCACAUCAUGACUUGCGUUAACAUUGAACAGCACCAGUUGAGUGAACCUGCCGCUCAAUAGGUCUGUUUUUUGGCAUCAGUCAGACUGCUGACCAACAUUUUUGUCUUUCCUGUAAAGGCCAUCUUCAGAAGAGCAGGAAGUUUGCUUUUAAAGGUAACUUGUGUAAAACACAUGCAUAAGAACGCCUUACAGUUGUUGGCAGGAAAUUUUCUGAAGUCUCUCUCUCUUUUAACUCUUUGACUUUUGGAUAGCACUGAAGGUCAGGACCAAGAGGGUUGGGGAUUGGGAAAUGAUCUUUUUUGUACCUGUUAGCAAACAGCCAAAAGAGUAAUUCUACAUGGACCAGCAGUAAAUCAGUGGGACUCAGAAGACCAGUUCAGACACAUAAAACAGAAACGUGUCUUAUAUUGGCACCAUAACAUAGUUUACUAAAGUGGAUUGCCAGAUGCCCAUGGCAGACCUUAGAAUGACAUGGUGUGGUUUGAUUCGAAUCUUGGUCCUUGUCUCUUAUGCCACCUUGUUAUAUAUAUUUUUAAAAGACUACUGUUCAUAAGUGUAUGAAUAUUAUCAAAGGGAGAAAUUCUGUAGGUCAAUAUGCUGGUGACGUUUUGUACAACACAAAAGGGGGCAGGAAGAAGAUUCCUUCAGAGGGGUUGUUGUCUUGCUAACCUGAGUCCCACAUCAGUGCCAAGGUGGCUAAUUUUGCAAGUCAAAUCAGUAUUAUGAAACCACUACAUAUAUAAAAAUGUUGAAAUUCAUUUUUACAAGCAGUGCUUUUGGUAAGCAUAAAAAUACUCCUAGUUUUAGUUUUAAGCUUUAAGUAAUAAUUUUCUGUAUCCUAAGUCAAAGUAAUUCUAACUGUAUGCAAUGACUUUAUUUUUUAUCGUAUGCACAUGUUAUGUUGAAGAAAAUGUUUACAAAAAUUGUUUUGUUAUACUAAUGUGCAUCACAUAUUUAUGAUUUAUUUCAAAGUGAUUUUGUGGGGUUUAGGUUUUCAUAGUAGCAGCAGUACACAUUUUUGUGAUUUUUUUUAAUAACCCCAAAUUCUGCCAACUAUAAAGAUGCUUAAACAAUAAUACAAAUGACAAAACUACAGUAAACUUACUAAUUGUAGAGCUGCAAAGCAGACUGGUGACAAAUGAAACACUUAGCCUUUUUUGCAGUGCUGUCUAAUUUGUCUUUUGUGUAUUAUAAAAUUACUGUUCCCUCCACCCCAAUUUUUCCUUAAAUAAAGUAAAAAUGACACCUA